AUGAGCCGGUCCUGUCCCUCCAGCCUUACUACCCUUGCUGGGUUGACAUUGCUCGCUCAACUUGCUUCUGCCUCUGAAUUACCUCUCCCCAUUUUGAAAGACUUCGAUGAUACUGGCGUUCUUGGUGGGCUCUACAGACCCAACACUACGAGCCCACGCUCGCGCAUCGGUAUCUAUAUCAUGCAUGCGGAGCAGGACUACACUUCCUUUGUUGGCUGCACAGAGCUUCAGGAGCGUGGGUUUACAGUGUUUUGCGCCAACACCGAAGCCAGCAAACCCGGUUAUAUGUCAGACAUAAACUUUGAGGACAUGAUGCUCCAGGCUAACACGGGCUUGGCCUGGCUGCGCAACCAGACUGAUAUCGACAAGGUGAUUAUUCUCGGCCACAGCGGUGGCGGUGCAAUGAUGGCCCAAUAUCAGAACAUCGCAGAGAAUGGCGUGUCCGCGUGCAAUGGCCCAGAGAAAUUAAUCCUUGCCUCAAAACUCAACCAGUCUCUCAACAUCUAUAACGCUGAUAACGGGUUCAGCAAUGGCACUCAAUCAAACUUCACUUCAGAGUUCAAAAAGAGGUUUACGAAGGGGAUUGUGGCUCGCAACAACCGUGUCCUGGAACAUGCACAGAACCGUCUCAAGGAAACUGAGAAGGGCAACGGCAUGUUUGGUGAUGACGAGCCCCUCAUAAUCCCUGCGGCUCUUUACCUUGCUACCAACAACCUCUACAUUUCUCAAGAUGUUCGGACUUUGCAUCACACUACCUAUCCUUGGACUUUGCUUGACAAGGACGGUACGACCGGGCAGAUUAUUCAAUCGGUGCGUGUCCCCUCCGGCUGGGUCGAUGUCUCCAACUCCUGGGAACAAGCUGCUGUCAAGACUACCGUCCGGCGCUUCGAGGGCAUAGAGUAUGAUUCCACCCAGAUGGCACCUGCAGCAUCGAUCAAGGGCAUCAGCGUCCCGCUCUUGACCAUUAACGAUACCUCAAUCGCAUUUGUUCAAGGCGCUCAGCAUGGCAUUUACCCUUGCACCGAGUGUGAGUCGUACCCCGGAGAAUUUGGAGACACCGUCAAAACAUGCUUCAAUUAUGUUGCGAGUUGGCUGUCCGAGCAGGGUCGCUUCCUGUGAGCCUUUCGUAUUUUGCAGGACAAACAGUAGCCUGUAUAUCUGUGAAACCAUCUAUGAACCCCGACUUUACUAUGCCCCGGGGUUGUGUGCGCGGUUUUGCGGGUUUCUGCGACGGUGAAGUUGUCAUGUCAUUACCAGAGUAGGCCUUCCUAACACAAUGUGCGCUCCUAUAGAUGCGAACAAAGAAUGAAGUCGUAGUAUAC